AACCCCACAAACAAGCUGCCACUGACGGUGUCCUGCUCGGAGACAGAGGACUUUUAAACCCAGACAUCUUUAAUCAUAAAAGAUACAAGAGGAGACUCUUCCACAAAGAGCCACAUGGUUUUGUGGAUACUCUGACGCGGAGGAGUGAAUGGAGCAUGUUCCCUAAGUGUACGCUGGCUCUGCACGGCCUCUCCAUGGAGGACAGCGGUGCGCACUACACCAAAGACGCGCUCCGGUUCGGGCUGCCCCUGCACCUGGACGCUUCAUACCUGGACCCGGUGCACGGCCACAUGUUGCCCUACAGACGUUUGUCCUACUUCCCCUUCCACGGAGCCCUUGGCGUGUGCGAUUACUCCUUCGAGCCCGCGUUCAUCCGCAAGAGGAACGAGCGAGAGCGGCACCGGGUGCGCUGCGUAAACGAGGGCUACGCACGGCUCCGGGAGCAUCUGCCACAGGAGCUUGAGGACAAGCGGCUGAGUAAAGUGGAGACUCUGCGGGCGGCCAUAGACUAUAUCAAACACCUGCAGAGCCUGCUGGACUUCAACGUGUCCGGGAUGGAGGAGAUGCAGACAUUUGGAGACAAGCGCAGCCGGGCGCCACGGCCGCAGAGGACAGAGUGUAGCAGUGAUGGAGAAUCCAAAGCUGGCCUCAGUGACAGUGGAGAAACUGUAUAGAUUUCACACACACUCAACUUUUCUAUGACAAUAUGUGUAUUAAGAAGUGUAAAUAAAGGGUCAGAAUUAAAUAAAACAUGCCUAUUUGUAUUUAAGCUGUCUGUUUAACUUAAGUGGGUAUAGUUUGUUUACACGUAUGAAGGAAGGAAGAAGAAAAUAUUUUCUGUUGUGUAUUAAAAGAACAAUAAAACUUCAUCUGGGAAAAUAUCAUGUUUAAGCUCAUUUGAAUGCAGUUUAAAGUUGAGAUGAAAAGUUGAUUUUGAUUUGGUGCUGUGUGCCUGAAUGAGGCCUGUGGCUUUGGCUGCUUACUGACCUAUACACUGCUUCAGUGAACUAAGUCUUUACCAAACCAGGACUAUGUGGAUAAUGACAAUCAAUAAAUUCUUUAAACAGUCUUUCUCAUUCUACUUCUCUGCAGGAGCAUUUGACGAGUAAAGCGGCUCUUUUCAACAUGAAUAAUGAAUUAUUCAGUUGACAAAAUGAGCCACUGCUUGAGGGAAAUUAUAAUUUUGUGUAUUGUUAUAAAGUCUUCUGGAGAAGUUAUUACAAUAAGCUAUUAUUGACUGUGUCGAAGCAAAUGAACAGGACAAAGGUUGUUGAAGAUUUUAAUAUCUCAAAUUUACAUAGACACACUCUGUGCAGACCAGGGCUGAUAUUGUCUAAAAUAAUAAAUCCUACUUUUAA